CAUUCUGUAUUAAAUCUAUGAUUUGCUGCUUUUUGUUUUAUACUUGUAAGCAUUCUUGUAGUAAGACGAAAUUGUCCUUUCUGUUCACGGUGAAAAGAAAGUAAUUUGUCCACCUACAUACACUACUUGAAAAAAUUAUACAGAAGGAUGAAGAAUUUAACCUAAAAAUCUUGUUCUCUGAAUCUUGUGUAGUUCGUUUAUUUAUUUUUUAGUUUUGAUGAAAUAAAUGGGUAUAAUGGUGGACCUCUUGAUUGUUUGAACUGUUCUGUUAAAAAUGAGUAAUUACAUUUACAUAGAUGUAUCGCUGUUUUUUCCUAAAACAAACAACAUAGAAAUAUCACCAGUUUACUUUAAAAAAAAUGUGAUGGAACGUUUUGCUAAGUUAUUCGGAGAAAGUGCUUAUUAUAUAGAUGUAGAUUUGAUUAAAUUUAAUAUAGAAACCCAAAGAGGAAUUUUAAGAGUGCCCAAAUCUCAUUAUAUAAAGUUAAGAAGCAGCCUGACUCUUUCUCACAAAUAUGAAUAUGAAGAUUGUUACUAUGUGAUCCACAAAGUUUCUCCAUUAUUGUUGUCACUACAAUCAGAGACUCGAAAUUAUGAUUUUUAGUAUAGUAUCUGUGUUUUUUAGCUAAAAACAUUAAAAUUAUGUUAACGCAUCAGUAUUCAAGG